UUUUUUUUUCUCAAACUAGAUCCAUAUCUCACAUCACAUCUUUGUCGCUCUUCUGGAAAACCUAGUCAGAUCUAUAGGAUGGCCCUUUCCACAAACAUGGCUGCUUCACUUGUUCUUUUCUCUCUUUUGCUGCUUCAUUUCACUCAAGCUGAAGAAUUGAUGAGCAUUGAUGGAGCUCCAAGCCCUUCACCUCAGGCGCAACCUAUUGAUUGUGGAAUAGCAUGUGAAGGAAGAUGCGGACUAUCAAAGAGGCCAAAUCUGUGCAAAAGGUCGUGUGGGAGUUGCUGUAAGAGGUGCAAGUGUGUUCCACCAGGGACGUCAGGCAACUAUGAAGCCUGCCCUUGCUAUGCCAACUUAACCACGCGCAAAAAUGCUCGCAAGUGUCCAUGAUUCCAUAUAUGUUCCACUUGUUUGAUGUUAUUUGAGAAUAAAUCUUUCUUUCUACUGGGAAUUGAUUUAUUAUUUCUUUUUCAGUCGGUCUUUUUACUUAUGGAUGAUAAUCUGAUAUAAGUAUAAUAAAAAGGCUCUUUUUGUUUUGUUUA